AAUGGUGGAGAACCUUGUUGUUUGUGGGUGCUUGUGAAGGAUUGCCGAGUUUCUAUGCGGCGCUGUUAGGAUAUGUCGAGAGAGUAGUCAGCAAACGAUCGAAUUGCGAUCCAUUCAACGAGAAGCGAAUUCCGUGCGCCGAAUCGUGCACACUCGUGGAUUAUCCCUUCGAACCCUUCCUUAAGCGAACACCUCAAGAGUUUCACAAUGCAUUAUACCCUUGGAUUAGUAGUGGUUUUCCUGUGCGUUGCUUCAGCAUACUCCGUCGAAGAAGAUACCAUCGUUGAUUUCGAAAAGCGAGAUUGUGAUGCCAUGAUGCUUUGCAACCUCACGGAGGCAGUUCCGGGUAGUGAUGUGAAAUUCAAUGAGUUCCAACGAGAAGAGAAAAUUCGAGUUUGCAGAUCACUGAAAAGUUCACAUGACUGCUCGACACUGUACUCCUGUAAGCGGAUGGCGAAAUUCGUCGUUCUCGUCGACCGUUUCUACAACGUCGUCUGCAAAAAAAUCCUGACGGACAACGGCAUUUCCACCGAGAACUGCUACAAAAGCGCUCAUUUGAAAGCUGUCAGCAAGUGUUCGAAUCAUCUGGCGAAAAUGAAGAGCCUAGCCUACGAAACCGAAGGGAAAGAGGCAGUCCGCGUCGCUUGCUGCGAACAUCACAAUUAUUCGAACUGCUACCGCGACGAAGUCUCUUCGGCGUGCAGCAUGGAUCGCUCUUCCGUCGUCGUUCAGCCCGAUCCGAAUUUCGAUCGAUUCUGCCAUCAGUGGACCCCGAAGCAGUGCAGAGAACAACGCGACCUCAAGCCCAACUCGAUGGGCGUUUCUAGUUCCGAGAGCAUCCGCAGCGGAAUAAUUCCGGUAGUAAUCGCGUUACUUGGAGUCUGCGUUGUCGGGAGACACUAGAAGGGGCAGGAGCAAACGAAGGAGAAGAAGAAAACAAAUUAGGAACCCUGGAUCCGAAGCCAAGUCGAAGUCGAACACUAGUCGAUCACGUUAAGAGCUCUUGGUGAGGUUCGGGUUCGCGUAUUCGGCUACCGAACCUUGGUCCAGCUAUAAUUGCUGUAAGGAACUCCAACACAUCAUGAAAGACCCCUUGGGAACUAGUCUGGUCUUCCCUGGAAGCUGUGAACCCAGAAAUCUGGGCCCGCAGUCAAACCUUUUUGUAUCGCUGACAACAACUAACGUGACCGCGGAGAAGCGUACGACAGCGUUCGUUUCUGAACGCUCUGUAGAUACUUCCUUUGGAAUUCGCCGGUAUAUGAAAAGCUAUUUAAUGUAAAAUGUUACAAUCUAUUGUUGCUAGCUACUCGACGAAAGGCGCGGAGCGUUGACCAUUUGUCGGCUU